GGUCGCGGUUCGAUAGCGACGAACCCGUUUCUAUCCUGCUGCGGAUCCUGGAAUUCUGCUUCUGCAAGGGAAGAGUGAUACUAUUCUUGCACGUCGGUGAAAAAAACGAAGAAUCUGUCACGAUGUCGAGCAGCAAAUGCGUGAAGCAGCCGCGUAAGGCGUACACCAAGGAACAGCAUGAAAUGACGCACUCCGAGAAGCUAAGGCUGAUUGAUGAUGAACUGAAUUCCUUUUACAAGUACUGUCAACAGGCAGGCUUCACUGAGGAGGAAAUGGACAUUAUAUGCCAGCCACUCGUAGCGGCGAUGCGUCGCUCAUGGUUGCAACUUGUCUUUCGUGGCACUUUGGUGUUGAUAGUAUUGGGUACACUGGCAUGUCUUGCAGCUCAGUUAGACUUCGUUGGUACUCAUUUCACCGCCCUCAGCCGUCUGCUGCUGAUAAAAGUUUUGCCGAUCUGGAACUGGCAGCCGCUCUAUUAUGAAAAUUGCAUGAUCAACAACCCCUUUUACAACGAUUACACCAUCACGGAAGAGGAUUGCGUGACUUGCGAGGCUUUGGAGACGAUUGAUCGUUUAUCAGACGUUCGGUAUCGUAAUCUAGUUGACAAUUAUCUAAAUCGCGACGCACCAGCUAUUAUCACCGACGCAAUGGACUCAUGGGCAGUCAUGAAUACCGAUUACUUCUGGUUUGAUAAUAUCACCCAUCUCUACUUGGAGAACGAGCGACUGAUGGAGACGGUACCCUGCGCCCUGACCUCGAAUUUGCGUACUGGUUCGUCCGAUCUUGCGGCGUUUCUUCGACGCGUGCACGCCCCCGAAGUGGCCAAGUGGUUUGUCCAUUGGCAGAACUGUGACAUCAACGCUGUGAAGGUACUCAGAAAGUACUAUCAACGUCCGUACUUCCUCUCCAGCACGGUCUCACCGGCGCAUUUCAACUGGGUGCUCAUGUCUUCGGACUACAACAGUCCGAGCUACAAGAAGGUCGAGCUUGACUCUGGUCUAAUCGCUCUCGCUCAGCUCCGUGGCGCGACUCAGCUGCGUCUCACUCCUAUAAAUCCCUGCAACAGUUCGUGCCCUGAGCUGAUCGCCGAUCUGCAUCAGGGCGAGAUGCUCGUUUUCACGAACGUGAUGUGGACGCUCGAGUACGCACCGAUGCGUGGCCUAGACAACAUCGCCAUACUCACGGAGACCGUUUGGGAGGAAGACACGUAGAUUAUGUCCGUAUCCUGAGGAGAUGAUUAUCGUCACGUAAUAAAUAAUAUACUUUUAGUUCCACAAUACUCUUCGACGUGACAGCUAUAUAUCAAUUUGAUAUAUAUUGUAUACUUAUGCCCCGUUAUAUGACAUACUAAAUAAAGAUUGAGCAUUCUGGUU